GCUCCGCCCCCAAGCCUUGAUAAACAACCAGAGCAAACUUUCGCUUUAGAAGUUUAUUGUCUAACACUGGAGAAGAAAGAAACGUUGAAGCGUCGCACAAAAUGAAGUUCUCCGUUUUGUUCAUCGCCGUGAUGGUGGGGCUGGUGCGGGACAACACGGCCUCUCUGUUCGUGCAAGGUCCUACUGAAAAUGUCAUGGAGGGAGAUAGAGUAACUCUGGAAUGUCUUGACACAGAAGCUGAGACCAACAUGAGCUCAGUACACUUUGAGAAGCUAUCACGGCACACGGAGAUGUGGCACCGGCUGGAUAUGAGCGGGUACGGCUAUUACUACCGCCGCUGUUUCUGGUAUGAUGCGGAUGUGACAAGAGAAGAUGGCCGUCUGCUUCUUACGUUAGCAAGAGUCCAGUCCUGGUCUGCUGGAAUGUACCGCUGCAUGCCGGACAUCACCGACCUGGACAAUUCAUCAGUGCCUUUUAAGCUAACAGUGCACUUUUUGCGAGAGGUGUCGGUGAACAGAGCAGGCAGCAGCACGUUCUAUCGCUAUCUCGCCCCAGAGGAUGAGCUGCGUGUACCACAAGGGGAGGAUGUGGAGCUUGACUGCUCUAGCUCUGGCUCUGAGACUCCUACCUACACCUGGCUGAAAGAGGGAGAGGACUGGAUAAUUCCCUCCAGUAAGAUCAAACUGAAGAAUGUGCAUGAGGAGAACAGUGGGAAAUACACCUGCACGGCUCAGCAUCCAACUGUGAGCUCCCUCAUCAAGAAACGGACAAUCAAACUCACCGUCCUGCCAGAGGAAUCCGCAUGGUAUGAGUCGACAACCGGACGCAUUUAUCUCAUCAUGAGUGCAGCAUUGGCAGUUUUCUUGGUGAUCAUCAUGGCCAUGACGAUCUUCUUGUGCCGCCGUACCAGACCAAACAAGAGCAAGGGACCGAUCGAUGACCAGUCUCAGACGAAACCUAUCUACAAGAACAGCGUGGAAUCUCUGAAUUCCACCACUGGAGACAAACAGCCGCUGGUGUAAUGUGUGAGAUGGAGGGGGGGGGAGAGGUGGAUGAGGACAGGGAGUGGUGAGGUUUAGGAGAGAAAGAGCCUGCCAGAUUGGAUAAGAUAUAGUUUGCUAGUGAAACACAGGCCGUGAAUUGAAUUGAAGACAGUAGGAAAAGGGUUUGUGGGAUAGAUCGACAGACAUGAUUGUUUCAUGGUAAUGGUUCCAAUUCAGCAGGUUUGGCAGCAGUACUCCUCAACAAAAGGUGUGCAAUUUUCUCUGUAUUGAUUUCACAACCCAACAAAAUUGAGAUUCACGCUUGUUGUCAAAGCCUAUGCUGGUGUGAGCUUUAAAUCUCUGAACUUUUUGAGAUAUAACCGCAUGCGAACACUUUCCUGCUAGUCAUUUUCUCCAGCCUCGAGUUGUAAACAAGUCUCUUAUGCUGGCAGCAUCUUUUUCUUAGACAAUCAUUCUGGCAUACACAAUAUGAUGGCGAAACUAGGUGAAGGGUUUAUUACUGUGUUCUCCAUCGACUGUACUUUUACUAAAUGAAACUUAUAAGUCUAUAUAAAAAUAUGAUAGCACUUUAAAUCUUUUGCACUAUUUUUGAUCAUUUCUUUGUACUUUUCAAAGUUAAUUCCAUUAAAAUCUUUAAAAUGAA